AUUUUGGCCUGUUCUGGAUUUGACAUGCUGCAUGCAUUAAACUUUCGAACAAUAGUGGCUAAUAGGUUGCAUUUUGCAUUUUGUUUUUACUCUGUUGCUUGUGUCAAUACGGUAACGCCGUGUUGGGGGGUAUCUUUGCGCAAGAGUAGGGUUGUUCGAAAAUAAUUUGCCUCAUCAUCUUCAGCAUCCUGGGCUACCCGUGGCUUGCACCUUUUUGACCUUUCCUUGCCUUGUUACUUACUUCCCGUCCGCUAGCUAGUUCUUUCCCUUUGCUUGCUUUCUACGGCUUCCUCUGCUCCUGCUACCGAAAGUACAAGCGACACCGGCAAGAUGAAGUACUCCGACAGCCACGACGAGGGAAGCAUCACGCUCAACAGGUUCAGCAAAAUAGAUGACAUGUUUGCCGACUUCUUCCCAAGCUCGAAGACCGUCGACGACCUGAGCGUGGUGGAGCUCUCUCCGACCAACUCAACCAACACCAGAAGCGCCGACUCAACGGUGGAAAACCUGACCCAGCCUAGCUCCGCCACCACGGUAAGCACCAGCAGACUCAACAACUCUGAAACUUCCUUGGAUAAACUUCAGGAGGCGCUUUGCGAUGAGUUUUCAAACCAACUGAGCUCUAUUGCCACACUCGACAACAAGUUUGAAAAGUCAUUGUUUGACCCCUAUGUUGGAUUUUUCCCGUGUCCGACAGAUGAGGACUUGGCACUGGCAACUGCCGACCCGAUUGAAAUCUUCUUCCCCACCGAUGGCAUAAUGGAUGGUUUUUCCAACAAAAAUAUGGACCUCUACGAGAGGCAUAACAGUGCCGACAACCACCAGCACGCUAGGAAGGAAGAGCAGUUUUUCGAAAAGCCCGAGAGAAAUUACACUUACUCUACUAAUAACAAUUCCCACAACGUUGGGCCUGCAGCUGCCAAAGUCUCGAAAAAGUAUCCAAGAAGAAGCCAUUUAGGAGAUGCAGAACUGUUCUUUCGCAAAUCAAGCACGGACCCUACUUCCCUUGUGAACAUCCCUCAAUCUUGCGAAUCAGUUCCUGCUCCUACUGCUUAUGUGGAGAAGUCACAACAAGUAGCCGUCCCCAACAUUCACCACAGCACUCAACCCAGCUCACCAUCACUACCCAGAUUAGCCAGCUGGAAAGAGGAUAUGAAUAACGUCCCGGAAAAUUGCUUACCAACUCAUUUUGAGCCCAUAGAUGAUUUACCUAAAAUAAAGCAAUCCAAACAUAGGUGCAAAUCUUGCUUCAAAGUAUCCAAAACCAGCUACGGCUGUGCAAAACAAAUAGUCAGACACUUACCGAAUAUCAGGUUGUACAAAGAGUACAACACGCCAAAUGGAUACACCAUGGAAUACGCAAAACAACAUGGCGAUAGUCAAUAUGUGUAUAUGGCAUCGGAGGUGAAAAACGAAUACGACCCUCUAGUGAAACGUUACACCAUGGAUAUCCAGUACAACUCCAAGGGAAAAAAGCUCAAACGAGACUACCCUUCGCUUUGUCCAUUUUGCAAAGUUUCCGACUCAAGAAAGUUCGACUCGUUGUUCUACGAAAGAAACAAUUCGUGUUAUCGUGGUCAUCUCAUUAAUACGCACGGAAUUAACUCCAUGGGCGAGUUUGCCAAAUUACCCGAAUCCGGGUUUGUAUGCUACAAACUCGGCAAGAACAGCUGGUCUGAAACAGUUGGAUUCAAAUGUCCGUAUGAAAAUUGUGAUUUUUGUUUUUUGAGAGGAGACAAAACGCAUGGGUUUCACGAGUAUAUACGACACUGGAACAGAUCGCACAUUGAAUGAAUGGUCUAUCCAACUCUGUUGAGUCCUUGUCGCCCAUCACUUUUUCCUUCCCUUCUCUCCUUCUCUGUCCUUCCUUUCAUGACCCCUUCUUCAUCUUUCUAAUCUUUAUUUACACUUUCUUAUGUACUGUUUCUUUUUUAGUUGAACGUGAUGUUCUCUCAGAGAGAGCCAUAGUUACUAAAUGCAUCUGCUCCCAUUACGCUCUGUGGACGUCAAAGACGUUAAAACGCGGUUUCCAUUUCCGUACAUCUUCAUGCGUUUUUUCCCAAUUUUCCUUUCUUCUUUCUUUCCUUCCCUUCUCCCUUCUCUACACUUUA